CUGCUUCCUAUUUGCUAUUUGCUUUUGCAUGUUAUUUUGAACGAGCCAAUUUAUUUAUCUUUUCCAGGCAUUAUGAAAGACCUCUACGUCAGAGUUACUAUCAUAAUCAUAGGUCUUUGCGUUGCGAGAACAGCAACAAACCCAUCAAGAAAAAGUGGAAUUUCUUUCGAUUCUGAGCACCAGCGGGAUGGGCAUCUUCCGGCAAACCGUUGGUCUUCUACAAGACCCACACCGCGGAUAGCAGACACCGUGGACAUGAGCUUCCACUCCCUUCAAGUCCUCUUCCAAUCUCACACAAGAAAAGAAUGGCAGGUGAAACAUCUGGAUCUCAGUAACCACCGCAUAUCGAAAAUGACCCUCAGCCCUCUCACGCCUUUACAUGCUGUGGAACUACUGAACCUCAGCAACAAUGCCAUCCACUCCCUCUCGCUCGAUCUGCCCCUGCCUCUCUCCUCCGGACUCCCCCGUCUAAAGGUGCUGUUGCUUCAGAGAAACCAGCUCAGUGGUACUCCGAAAGGACUGUGGAAGCUAAAGUCAUUGCAGAGUCUGGAUCUGUCGUUCAACGGUCUAGUUCACAUUGGGCUGUCUGAUUUCCAUGGCUGCCUGCAGCUGGAGAGCAUCUAUUUAAAGAGCAACAAGAUAUGCUCAAUUCACCCAGAAGCCUUCAACGGGCUCAAAAAAUUACAGGUGGUAGACCUCAGAAGCAACGCACUGACCACCCUUGAACCAAUUGUGACCAUUGCUCUAGAAUUCCCACACCUGGAACUUGACUUGACUGAAAACCAGUGGCAGUGUGGGGAGAGCAAUGCCAGCUUCCAAAAUGUCACCUCUACAUCCUGGAGGGAAAAGUGGAAUGCCAUCUGCAACAUGUCUGUAGGGAAUGAGAAGCCAUAUUUGGAGACUCCUCAGAUCCGAAUUUCCAGAGAUACACACCUUCCUCACACUUCCCUGAGUGAAUUGAACAGCCUGACCCAGAGCAGAGCAGAGAGGCCCCAGGAAAGAAUGGACACACACCUUGCUAUUCUGGGAAAGGAGGCGCGAGUUGGCUUUGGUGAUCUCAAGGAGAUAUGGCCUCAACCCUCCGUAGAACUCAGAGACUCGCAGGAUGAACAUGCCACUGACAGAAAGGAUGACAAUCCCCCAGACCUUGCUCUGGCCAUCUGCCUGUCAGUGUUCAUCACGUUUGUGGUGGCUUUCUUCUUGGGGGCUUUUGCAAGGCCCUAUAUUGACAGAUUGUGGCAACAAAGAUGCCUGAACAAAAAGCCUGGAUUGGAUAAUGGCUAUUCAAAUGAGGGCUUCUAUGAUGACAUUGAAUUUGCCCAACGUGUGCAGGACCAGGCGACAGAUCUUCACCAAACUUCCCACCACCCAGACCUUGAUGAGAGCCAGAACCCUUCCUGGCUGAGAGAGCCAAUCCCACAUGGUGCUGUCAUAUCAGAAAGGAUGCUGGGAAGCAACAAAAUGGACCUCAGUAGUCAGCAGAGCCCAAUGCAGUGUGAGGACAUCACUGGGACAAGAAGUAGCGAUGGCAACGUGUUUCCAAAUGGCCACGCAGCCCACACUGUGCUCCAUGGACUUCAAGACAUGGAUACUGACAAGCUAAACUCAACAGUGCAGGAUCACUGUGGUGUUCUCGAAGAAUCGCAUUAUGAAAUGGUGGCCCAGGAAUAUGACGAGGCCCAUCACCUUGACAAGGUGAUGGAUGGAUCUUCCACUGCUUACCCUCCGGGAACUUUGCCCAGUCCCAUCAACAAUGAGUGGGAUGAAUUGGAUGGGUCACGGUCAAGAGACAUUGCAGUUUCCUUCUGCAAAAGUCCAGCACAUACAAACACCCAAGGGACUAGGGAGAAUAGGGAGAUGGGCUGCCCUGAAUCUUUGGGAGCUAUGGGCUCACAGGUGGAAUCUUCUGAGGAAAGGCGGGUGAGCAGUUCCAUUAGGGAGCUGGUCGUACGGCAGGCCAGCUUCCGGGAAGCCAACGCGGAGAAUAGACUUUCAGAUGUCUACAGUGAUGAACUGUAUCAUGACCCAAGAGGUGUAGACCUGCCCUCCCUUAUGCCAAGAUGGGGCAGCGGCCCUCAUGCCACUCCUACUACUGAAGAGUCUGUGCAGAGAGAUGCUCCUGUUGACCCUUAUUACGACUUGGAGACCAACUAUGAGUCUGAUUCCGACGAGGGUUCUUUGUUUACGCUUAGUUCUGAGGGUUCUGAUGACUCAAGGGGCUUGACUGAAGAACAGGCAUCUGUCGAGAGUGGUGGGGCCAGCCAGACCCUCCCCAGCAGGAACUUGGGAGAAAACAAAGACAAUGAGACAUCAGCAGAAAGUGUUGAGGGCAUCACCUCAGAGAGGACUCUAGAGAAACGAGAAACUCACCUUGGAAACCCUCUCGCAUCUAGUCCAGACUCUUGUUUGUAUGAGGCCCAUCUGGAAAGGGACUUUAAUGCCACUGACCCUGAGAAUAUAUCAACCUGGCCCCAAGUCCCAGGCCAUAAGAUAUCACAUCAUGAGAUCCAAGGCACAUUUGGUGGUGACAUAGGGCCCCAGUGUGAGGCAGUAGACUGGCACUGUUCCCUUAGAGACCUGGAGUUCCCGAGUGUUGAUAGCUCACCAUCACCACCACACUGUGAUGACAAUCCCUCAGACCCUGAGGAGCAGGCACCCAUGGGAAGUAAACAUUGGUAAAUCCC